CUCUCCUGGCUUGGCGCACCCCGGACACGGCUCCUUGAUCCCCGCAUCAUCCCGGUAAUCUCCCCCGAUGCCGGCCCACCGUUUCUCGGCCAAUCUCUCGUGGUUGUUUCCCGAGGUGCCAGACCUCCCGGGCCGGAUCCAGGCUGCGGCGCAAGCCGGCUUCCAAGCCGUGGAGGUAGCCUGGCCCUACGAGUGUGAGCGGGGCCUGGUGAAGGAGGCUCUGGCCCGGCAUGGAGUGGACCUGGUGCUGAUCAACACCCCGCCAGGGGACAUCCAAGCCGGGGAGCUGGGGCUGGGGGCCGUACCGGGGAGACGGGAUGGAUUCCGAGAAGGUCUGCGGGAGGCGGUCAGCUGGGCGACUGAUCUCCGCUGCCAGAGAAUACAUAUCAUGGCUGGACGGGUGCCGGUAGGGGCGGAGAGGGCGUCUAUAGAGAAACAAAUGGAAGAAACAUUCAUCGAGAACCUCGCGUACGCAGCCGAUGUCCUCGGCCAGACGGGGCUGGUGGGAUUGCUGGAGCCCAUUAAUUGCCGAAUCACCGACCCUCGAUAUUUCCUGAAUACCCCUCAACAAGCUGCAUCGAUCCUGCAGAAAGUCGGGAAGCCUAAUCUGAAGAUGCAGAUGGAUCUGUAUCACUGGCAGAUCAUGGAUGGGAACCUGACACAGAAUAUUAAGACCUACCUGCCUUUAGUAGGUCAUGUUCAGAUUGCGCAAGUCCCUCACCGGAAUGAGCCAGACAGUCCCGGCGAGCUGAACUUUGUGUAUCUGUUUAACCUGCUGCGGGAUCUCGGGUACGAAGGUCACGUCGGCUGCGAGUACAAACCGCGAGGGGACACAAUGGCUGGACUUGGAUGGAUAAAGACUUAUUGCAGGGAGCACGACGGCCAAGAGAAGUCAGAGUAAAAGCUUUGGAAAUCAAAGAGGCGGAAAGCAAAUCGAAAAAUGACUGGGGAUACCGUGUAGCAAGCGUGUUCACCGCUCCCCCCGCACAAAUAAGAGGGUCCGCGCUUCACUGAAUCCUCACCAUCCACACGCCGGCCGCAGCUGUAUUGGGAAGACUUGUUUUGUUCCGGGAUGUCCUCCUGCGACUGUAAUUAACGCUGGGAGUCGAAUUAAAACUGAUUAACAGAAA